UGCAUCACCCCCGCAAUGGCAUGCCUUGUCCCUUGUUUCUUAUGUCCAUGCAUGACAAACAUUGUCAAAAACAUUACCUUUAAUUAGAGCCAACAGUUUUUUUUUUUUGCUGUGAAGAAACAAUCGUUAUUGCAUACAAAAAAAAGCUUGAAAAUGAUCACGCUGAAAGAAGAAGUAGAUUUGAAGCAUCAUAUAUUAAUUCUUCCAUCAGUGGCGGUUGGGAAUGUCGGACAGUUAACUGUUGAUUUGCUGAUUUCUAGCCUCCAACUUCGAAGAAUAGGGCACUUCUCGAAUUCUUCUUUUAUUCCAGUUGUAGGAACAGAUCCUUAUGACGAAAAUUCAAAAGAAAUUUGCACCGCAGCUGACUUAUAUCACAGCCCACACCACAAAAUUGUUGUCCUUCAGAUUCGCUCAGCUGUGAUCAAAAGGUUAUCACAAUUAUUUACUGAAUUACGGAAUUUUAUAAAGUACCACCAAAUGACGAAGGUCAUCAUUCUAACCAGUAGUUACAGCCAUGAGAUAAGAGACGUCCAAUUACAGUCAGUUCCAUUGCGCUACAUUGCUUCGAAACAUCUACCGCCUGAAGAAAAGUCCCAAUUUCAAAGUUUAUCUUGGAUACAACUAGAACCUAAGAUGGUUGAUUACAUCGAUUCUGAAGGCAUUUUACAAAUUCCUGGUGGUGGUUUUGCAAAAUGCCUCUUGGAAACUCUUGAAAAAGAUGAAAUUCCUUGCGUUGUUCUACUUCGAUUCUGCUCGGAAGGGGACAAUAUUCCUGAUGGUCUGGAUUUGCUCAAAUAUUUAAACCAGUGGAUGUCAUUGAUUCCACAAGGUGCUGAUAGUCACUUGGCAAUCAAAUAUCCUUCAUCUUGGAAAUUUUUGUUUGGAAACUCCCCACCGUCAGAAAUAUACUAAUAUCCCAAUCAUAAUUGUAUACAUUUAACUGGUUUAUAAAUUUGCUAACACACUUGCUAACACGCUCAUUUUUUCAGAAAGGUAUUUGAAAUGGCACACUUAGUAGACA